GAGCUACCAGGUAAAGGCGCGUUUAUCGUCUUUUGUCCCUCAGCGGACACCAUCGAGGUCAUGUAAACAUUGCGGAUCCAACGCGUUUUUGAUUAUGUUUUAAACAUAUAAAAUGUCUGCGGUGCGUAGAGUUCAAACAUGGGAAAUAUCUGAAUCUGAGGACAGCGACGCUGAGACUAAACUUGACUUAAACCGCGAUGAGAGCGGUCAAAAAGCAACGAUCAGCACAGAAGAGGAUCAGAGUUCAGACCACACGUGCAAAACCCUCCCAUCGUCGUCACCCACGACACCGGAUUGCAAUCAAGCGUCUGCUUUGUCUCCCCCGCGACCAGAUCGACGGUGCGCACCAAGCCCUGCAAAAAAACGCCGCACCAAGGAAGAGAUAGAGGCGGACAGACAUGCAGUCAGGGAGAGGAAGGAGGCGAGAGAGAGGCAGAGAGCAACAAGAGCCCAGGAGAAGAAGGAGAGGAGACAAGAGCAGCAGAGGAGGAGAGAGGCUGCGGAGAACGUGAAGUGUCUCCGGCCAGAGAACUGCCUGAAGUCUCUGACUGUCUGCGUAGAUCCAGCCCUUCUGCAACAAGAUGGCUCCGACAUCUUGCUGGACACCCUGGCUGCCUUUGAGUGGAGGUAUACCAUUGAGAGCCAGCAGGUCCCACACAGCAUCGCCUGGAUCAGAGAGUUACCUCAGGGGGAAGAUGGAUCGGUGGAGGAGGAGCAGGUGGCUCUGGUGCUGGGUCUGAAUGACUUCGUGGACAUGGUGAUCGCUGUGAAGAAAAUGCUAGACAGUGAGGGGGAGGAGACAGUGAUGGGGUCUUUCCUCAGUCCAAUAUUGGAGUGUCUCAACCGGGAUGCCAAGAAGGUGGUCACUCUCUUAGUGACAGACUCUCAGCCAGAUUACAGGACAGAUGCUUGUGGUGUGUAUUUACUAGAUGAGAUGCUACAAUCCAAAUCAGGGAUGGAGAACCUGGACGUCAAGGAGGUUCUUGUGUACCUACAGCUCUGUAAGAAUAUCACCCUAGUCUUCCUGGAUGGCUGGCAGGAGGUCACUAACCAUGUGUGUGCUGUCACCAAGGCCUUAUCAAAGCGCCCUUUCAAACUAAUGACAGAGCGAGCAGAGCUGCCCUUCUGUGUGGACGGUUCAUGGGCCAGCGGGGUUCGGGUGGAGAGGGACGGCUCGGGGCUGAUCCAGGUCUGGAGCAGGCAGAUCCAGCAGCUGAACAGAGUUAGUCCUGCUGUGGCCUCCGCUGUGACUGCAGCCUACCCGUCUCCUCAGCUGCUGCUGCAGGCGUACCAGAGCUUGGAGUCAGAAGAAGACAGAAAGGGGCUGUUAGCUGGCCUUUUAAUAAAAAGUGGAGGUAAAGAGAGACGAGUAGGACCGGAGAUAUCCGCUAGAGUUUACCGCUGCUUCACUGCCCACAACCCCCAGCUUGUCCUGGACUGAUCUGUCCUCUUGAGAACCAGAUGGACGGAUGACAGCAAGGAUUAAUCUGGUUCUCUAAUGACACUUUGUCCCCCACUUGGCUGUUAAUGUUGAUGCUUACAAGCUAAGCGUAUGCCUUAGAUAUCAUGUUCACCUUCCAGUAAAGCACCAUUCAUACUCAUCUGAACUUCAACCGAUUUGAUGAAUAGAAUGUUUCGUAAAAUAACAAACUAUUUGAUGUGUACUUCCUUGAUACAAUAUUUUGUUUGAUGAACAAAUGUACAAAUGCAAGAUGUAUUGUUAGAGGAACCUCGGUGAACUACAUUUGUUUUGUUUACUUGUGGAAUAGCCUAUAAAAUAAGAUGCAACAAAA